UUGUCCGUUUAGUCGACUACUACUUCGCGCAGUACCUCUUUUUGCGCGACGUGCAACCGAAAAUUCGCCCCGGGUGUGAGACAAGUGCGCAAACGGCACGACAGGUGGAAGAAAAACGUGGUGGAAUUUUAAACGCGGCGUGUCGAUUAUCGGUGGAUGGUUUUUUUUUAUUGUGCGUACAAGUGUGAAUCAUAUCGACCAGGACGUGUGAUGCUUCGUCUGCAGCGUCAGUAAUUUUGGUAAUGAAGAGCCACACAAUGUCCAAUACCAGCACCGCAUUGAAACACGAGAACGCUGCACAGUCGGCCAAUGUGCUGAUGUGCAAGCAAUGGUGGAAGGUAUGCUGGAUGUACGGCGACCAGGAAAAGUACUACAGACAACUAUACGGUAAACGUGGAGGGUCGAAGAAUCUGCGCGACAACAAAAAGUUUUAUAAUGGCAUUACUUCGAUACAGAACCAGGAUAGUAACACCAGUGUUAGUGCGCAAAAUUCUAGUUUGCAUCAGAGUGUUGGUAGUGGUGAAAGCCAGGGUAAUUUUUAUGAAAACACCCUGAGGAAUGAUCAGGUGUCGCCUGUGAAUAACAGUUUUGUGUUCGAGGAGAUUCGCAUGCCGUCACCCAGUUCACCAGGAUUAAGUUCGUUGGAUCUGACACGAGGAAUUGAUGAGCCCGUAUGUCGGAACUUCUCGUGGCCUGACAGCGGGAUGUCCAACAACGACGGGAUCAUCAACGGCCCCCUGUCCCCACCGGCUCUGCCCUCGCCAGGAGGUAAAUUACCCUCGCUGGACCCCUCCGACAGAUUCCUGGGCAAAGGUUCCCCGUUUUCACCGUCGCAGAACGGGGAUCCGCAACGACACUCGCAAAGCGACGACGACUCGGGAUGCGCCCUGGAAGAGUACACUUGGGUACCACCGGGACUGAGACCCGAUCAGGUGCACCUAUACUUCAGCGCGCUGCCGGAAGACAAAGUUCCUUAUGUAAAUUCCGUGGGAGAGCGGUACAGAGUGCGACAACUCCUGCAACAACUUCCUCCGCACGACAACGAAGUGCGGUACUGCCACGCGCUCAGCGAUGAGGAACGCAAGGAGCUACGUCUUUUCUCGGCCCAGAGGAAACGGGAAGCUCUGGGUCGCGGUGCGGUCCGACAACUCCCCGGAAAUAUGCAAUGCGAGACGUGUGAAGAGACUAUGUCUUCGGGAGAUAUAUGCGUGUUCGCAUCGAGAGCUGGACCGAACACUUGCUGGCACCCCGCUUGUUUCACCUGCUGCAUAUGCAGAGAACUGCUAGUGGACCUGAUCUACUUCUACAAAGAGGGCAGACUUUACUGCGGUAGACACCACGCAGAAACAAUCAAACCCCGUUGUUCAGCCUGUGAUGAGAUUAUUCUUGCCGAUGAAUGUACCGAAGCAGAAGGAAGAGCCUGGCACAUGAAGCACUUCGCUUGUUCCGAAUGUGAAAGACAACUGGGCGGUCAAAGAUACAUAAUGAGGGAUGGCAGACCAUAUUGUCUUCACUGUUUCGAUGCCAUGUUUGCCGAAUAUUGCGAUUCCUGUGGCGAACCAAUUGGCGUUGAUCAAGGACAGAUGAGUCAUGAAGGACAACACUGGCAUGCCACUGAAUCCUGUUUCUGUUGCCAUACUUGUCAUACGUCUUUAUUAGGACGGCCAUUUUUGCCAAGGAGAGGUGCAAUUUACUGCUCCAUUGCUUGCAGUAAAGGUGAACCCCCAACACCCAGCGACAGCUCUGGUCCCAAUACACGACUUCCAAGACAAUCCAGAAAUCGCCCCAGGAACAUUUCUCCUAACGGCAGUAGUAGCCCGCCGGGUUCUCCUCAUUUAAGAAGACAUCCUCCGGCAGGGUCGCCCACUAUGUCAUCUCCAUCAUCUCCACCCGCAAAUCAAGGACAAGGCCAACCGUCGUUGCGAAACACUGGUACCAGAUCGCCUUACAGUUCACCAAAGGCGGGACGUAAAACUUCUCAAAGGUCGCCCAAACCUAACACGUCUUUAGCAAGCACUCCGACUCCUUCCGACAAUGGAGUGGGUUUCCAUAAUGAUUCUCACAUACCCGAAGAUGCCACCCUUAAAAUGUCAUCUACACCUAGUGGCAGAGGUUUGGAUAGAGUACUUCUAGAACGCAACUUGGAAAGACUUUUAACUGAAAGAACUCAACCUCAUAACGCAGACUUGGAAAAACUGUUGCACGCCAGGGACAGAAGCCGAGAACCUCUACACCUCGCUGAUCUCAGUCUGGACGACUGGCAGACAAAGACUUCGUGUGAAGAUGCCGACAACGAUAAGAGCUCCAAAAGUUCCGAAAACAAGUCCGACAAUAACUCCUCGGAAAAAGACAAUAACAACGCAUCUAUGCUCCAACCACCACACGCUUCGUCCAUGCCCGAACUGGCUGCACCUGGCUCUAGUGAAAGCACUGGAAAUUGCACAACGCCCGGUUCACCGAAUAAACGAGGUAGAGGCCUGUUGAGCGUGCGCUUUCAAGGUGACAACGAAGCCUUUGAGGCAGAUGAAGCUGAUAACGCCAGUGUUGAAGCUUCGCGUAGGUUCCCAAGAAGUCGAAGUUACGCAGGUCGUUCACGCCAUGUUGACACUCUCGAAAGAAAAAACAGGCCAAGGAAAACCACAUCAGAUUCACAAAUGGCGGGAUCUAGCAGACAUCACGACGAUGAUGGUGCCAGCUAUUGCUCUACAUGUUCAUCUAGUUCUUCAAGCGAUGAUCUGGAUUAUCAGUUGCCACCGCGGAGAGCUUACGGUGGAGUCAGAAUAUCCUACGUUCCUAAUGAUGCUUUGGCCAUGGCCCGACGCAGGCAAGCAACUAAUCAGAAAUCUCCAAGUAAAAGGUUGCCUCUGGAUGACAAAGACAAGAAUUGCAUCAUAUCUUGAUUAUUUAUUAUACGUAGACGUAUCCAAGAUGCCUUCCAUUUUAUAUUAUAUCGCAUUGCCAAAAAGUAAUUGUAACGCAAUAUAUUCAGGGUAUAUAGUUAUUAUAUUAUACUUUUUAAUAUGUAAAAUGUCAAGAAAUGGAAAUUUUGUUUUUCGACUUUGGAUGUGUUAUUUAUACAAAACAAGUAAUGUGUAUAAGUAAAUUGCCUUUUAUUGUAAUGUAAGAAAACUAUUAGGCUUGCAUAUUUAUAUUUAUCUUAUGUUCUAUACAGUAUAUCAUUGUGUUCUAUAAAGAUAGCUUUUUGUACAAACUUGUACCUUGUAAACAAUUUUAAUU